AAAGGCAAAUAAGCUGAAAACUUGUUCGACUCGAAACCACCGAUCGGGGCAUAUAAAGCCCGAUGAACGGCAGUCGAUGUUGACUAUAGUAACAAAGCGGACGUUCAACUAUCAUCAUGGUUAAGCUGGGCUUUCUUUUGCUAAUAAUUGCUGCCUGUGUGGUUGCUGCCUUUGCUGCGGGUGAUUGUCCUUCAUCCACAAAGGUUCAGAACUGUACUCCAAAAUGCCUGCAUGACAGCGAAUGCAGUGCCAUUGGAGGUAAAUGCUGUCCGAAUUUGUGCAACGGACGUAGCUGCGUGCAACCAAAUUUGCUAGGAAAUUCCGGAGCUGAUAAAUCGCCCUUUGGCAGCAAGAACUCUGGAGCCACUGGCAGCUAUUGCGGCAAUGUCAAGUGUGGCAGCUUCGAGAAGUGUGAAAUGGACCGCAGCACCAAGAGACCCAAGUGCGUGCGAUCGUGAAAAACCCAACAGCAACAUUAACAGACACAGGAACAGUUUUCGCGUUAUAAAUUAAUUUUCUUUGUCACUAAAUGGAAUACAUUCUUUGGUCAUAUCAA